GUACUCGCCAUGUUCGGACUUGCAGGAAGAAAGACAGCUCUCGCCCGGCUGACCGCCCGACCAGCGCGCACAGUCAUCGCCGCGCAAUCGCCGAAGCGCGAAUUCCACGCGACGCGCAGCAACGAGGGCGAGCGGCGGGUUUGGGCUGGACGAGUCAAGACGCCAUGGAUUGAUGCGUUGACGCAGAGUCGGGACGCGGCGAAGGCGAAUCAGGGCGGUGCGCAGCCUGUUCAGAGUGUGAAGCCGGAUGUCACGCCGAAGAAGAUGUCGGAUAGUUACUACAGUGCUAUUCUGCCUCUGGCACAGGACAAAUGGCUUCUUGAUACAUAUCUCAAUGCGUCGGGGCAUAUCCGACUGGGUUCCUUGCUCAUGGAUCUCGAUGCGCUCGCCGGUGUCAUCGCGUACCGUCAUACUGGCGAUGGCGUCAGCACGGUCACCGCGGCCGUCGACCGGAUUACCAUCGAGAAUCCGCUUAUGGAAAUCUGCGACCUCGAGCUUAGCGGUCAGGUUUCCUAUGCUACUGGUCGAUCUAGUAUGGAGGUGUCCUGUCAGGUCUCCAAGGUGCGUCCGGAAGGACAGCCUGCGCAGCCUGAGGAUGUCUUGAUUACCUGUGCUUUUACGAUGGUUUCGCUGGAUCCAGCUACUAAGAAGCCUGUUCCAGUCGCACCUCUCAUCCUGGAAACCCCCGAAGAAGAAGCCCUCUUCAAAAAGGGCGAGGCAAACUCCCAAGCCAAAAAGGCCUUACGAACACGCAGUCUUCUCGAAAAGGCCCCAGACGACGAAGAGAGUAACCUAAUCCACUCAAUGUGGACAAAAGAAAUGUCCUACCUGCACCCCCAAACCCCCGCAACUCGCCCCAGCAACCAAGUCUUCAUGAGCGACACAGUCCUAAAAUCCGCCAUGAUUAUGCAACCCCAAGACCGCAACCGACACAACUUCAUGAUCUUCGGCGGCUUCCUGCUAAAGCAAUCUUUCGAGCUAGCCUUCUGCUGCGCCGCCUCAUUCGCGCACGCCCGACCAAACUUCCUCGCGCUAGAUCCGAGUACCUUUGAAAAUCCGGUGCCCGUCGGCAGCGUGCUCUACCUCCGCGCGACGGUGGCGUUUACGGAGCCUGAAGAGCGCGAAGACGCACACUCGAAGUUCACCAAGGUGCAGGUGCGCGUUGAUACGAAGGUGAGGGAUGUGGAGCAUGGGACGAAGAAGUCGACUGGUAAGUUUAAUUAUACUUUCCUUGUUGAGAAGGAUAUACAUGUUAUGCCGAAGAGUUAUGGGGAGUUUAUGCUUUGGACGGAUGCGAGACGGCGGGCCCGCAAUGCGGUUGAGAUUGAUCCGGCGCAUAAGAUGAGUGCGCUCAGGAGUAUUCAGGAUAGUGUUACGGAGUAG